UGCGUCGAGCGGAUAUGCGGACCUGAAGCCGGGAAAACUGCUCAGCCAUGGCUGGUCCCGGAGGGAAGAUCAAUCGGCCCCGAACGGAGCUGAAGAAGAAACUGUUCAAGCGACGGCGGGUGUUGACCCGGGAGCGGCGGCUGAAGCACCGCGUGGUCGGGGCUGUAAUAGACGAAGGGCUGAUCACGCGGCACCACCUCAAGAAGCGGGCGUCCAGUUCACGUGCCAACAUUACACUGUCUGGGAAGAAGCGCAGAAAACUCCUCCAGCAGAUCCGGCUUGCCCAGAAAGAGAAAGCAGCUAUGGAGGUGGAAACCUCUGCAAAGCCAGCCAGGACUAGUGAACCACAGCCCAAAUCUCAAAAGAAGACCAAAGCCCCCCAUGAUGUAGACAUGGAGGACCUUGAAGAAGGGAGCUAAAUCUUACCCCUUUCACUGGAAGAUUCUCAGCUGGAGCCAGAACUCAGUGGUUAUUGCAGGACAGUUUGGAAUAAACAUUGCACCUUUUCACUCUUCCCAGACUCCUUUUCAUAAUGGCCUGGUGACCUGCCAUGGAAGGAUGUGUUGAAAGGAAGAAUGGAAAAGAUCAGAGAGGCCGCUUUGUUCUUUUUUUUUUUUUUUCUGUAAUUUUUAUUUAUUUCUUUCAGGAGAGCGGGCUUCUUAGCACUCAGCUGCAUUUGAAAUAAAACUCUAGAGGUCUUACUGACAUGUGUGUGAUUAAAUGUAGGGAUGGGGAUGGGCCAUGCCCAGGGGUCUGUGAGUGUGGAAAAAGGCAGCCGGGAAAGGGGACCACAGAGUGUUCUUGAGCAAAAGCAUCAAGAAGCCAGCCUCUGAGACAGCCUGGUCUCUAGUGAGUGACACUCUUAACUUUCCAUUUCUGACUGAGACUUUGAUUAUUGUAGAGAUGGCAGAGGCGGUAAGGGUCCUGAUACCAGCUCUGCCACUGCUUCUGCGUGACCAGGGCGGGCAAGUCACUUUAAGUCAUGUUUGUCACAUGCUUCCUUUGCUGGAUUAUAUUUUUAAUAAAGUGAAGAGCAAACAUUAUUUUUCCCUUUUAAUUUUCAGAAAUUCUGUUGGAAGCCAGAGCGGGGUUGUUUAAUUAACGUGAAAAGCUGCCUGUGCGGAGGUGUGUUCAGGGAAGAGCAUAUUCUCUGUGUCCUAUUUAAUCUGCAUGCUAGUCCUGGAAGAGAAAGGGUUGGGGCCUAGUGUUGCAACUUUACAUUUUGAAUAAUAUCAAAUUUCCAAUGA